GUGAUCUAGGUAGACUCGUGUGUGGGCUAGUUCAGCACAGCUGAAAAUCUAGUGGACGCCGACGUAGCACGAUAGCCAGCCACAUACGUCGGUGACGCGAGUCAACAGCAACCACUAUGUCUCAGCCGUUCAAAAAAUACCUCAUAGUAAUUAAGACAGAGAUGAUAGGAGUUAAAGACGGGUACCGUAGAUGUAUAUACAGACGUCUUACUACCACUACUUCCAGAGAGACUAACUUGGCGGAAUCACGGCCAUAAUCGUCGAGAUCGACUAUCACCAUGUGUACUCCUUCGAUGAUACCGUAUCCGGACUUAGCCGGCGCACAGUUCACCUCUCUAAGCGCUUCACUGGUAUCGAAUGUCACUUUACAGAUACUCGGAAGUUUAUACGUCAACAAUGGUCCUCUGGAUGUUCAAGGGGUUAGUUUUUGCCAUGUCAAGACCACUUACACGCACAUUGGAACAACAGAUAAUGUCACCGUAGAACUGUAUCUCCCAGAGGAUGGGUGGAACGGAAGAAUGCAAGGUGUCGGCGGCGGUGGAUGGAUAGCAGGAGGCACCGACUUUUUUCUCACCAACUCUACCAUGCUUGCAGCCGUAUCUGAAGGUUACUCUGCAGUAACUACCAACGGUGGUCAUUCUUUUCUUAGCGGUAACGACUGGCUACUACAAAGUUCCGGAGAAAUCAAUCAUCAAAUCCUGGAAGUAUUCGCUUCUACAUCGCUUAACGAGCUGUCUAUCAUCGGAAAGGCCGUUAUCGAGAGCUACUACGGCAGGCCGCCACUUUACUCUUACUGGAACGGCUGCUCGUUCGGGGGUCGGCAAGGGAUGGAGCUCGCGUCAAGAUAUCCUACUGCAUUCAACGGUAUCGCGGCUGCAGCUCCUGCAAUCAACUUCAUUGGUAUAUUAAUGGGCAACCUCUGGCCUCAGAUUGUCAUGAAAGAGAUGGGCGAGUAUCCGAAAAAUUGCGAACUACUUGCCAUUACCAAAGCAGCGGUAGAAUAUUGCGACGGUAAAGACGGAUUGAAAUACGGCAUGAUCUUCGACCCGGAUGACUGCGAUUUCGACCCACGUUCCGUUAUCAAUGAGACUAUUACUUGCGACGACACGGGUGUUUCCGAAAUUAUUCGGAUUUCGGAAGCUGCGGUUAAGGUCGCUGAGGCGGUAUGGGCUGGAGCUCGAACAUCAGAUGACCGGUUUCUCUGGUGGGGACUCAAGAAAGGGGCGAGACUGGUUGAACAGCCGCUUGGUCACUUCGUCAAUCCAGGAAUUGCAACGACCGUAUGUUCGCGAAAUGGAACAUGCACUGGCAAGCCAACACCAGUUUCCGAUCAAGCGAUACGACUGUUAGUGAAGAAGGAUCUGAAUUUUGACGUUUCGUCAAUAACAGCCAAUGAAUUUGAAGAAAUAUUCGGAGCCACAGUUGAAGAAUAUGCUGUUCUCGAUAUCAACCCAAAUCUUGACGCCUUCCGGGACGCAGGAGGGAAAAUAUUGAGUUACCACGGCUUGUAUGACGCUAUUGUCCCUCCCGAUGCCACAAGAGAUUACUUCAACAGUAUCGCAGCUCGCGACAGUCAAGUUCACGACUACUACCGUGUCUUUGAGGCGCCAGGGCUCGCCCACUGUCACUCCGGUGCCGGAGGAUACUACCCUUCCGGGAUUUUUAAGGCUCUCGUUUCGUGGGUUGAGUCUAACGCUACUCCCGACACACUUGUAGCAUCGACUCCCUCGCGGAAUGGAUCUUUUCAAGAAGGGAUAUUAUGCCCUUAUCCUCAAAAACCGCAUUACAACGGAUUGCGCGUGGAGUAUUACGACGAAUCGGGAUUAUUUGGGACUUCGGCUGAUGACUUCUACUGCGACGAGUAACGAACGAAACGUAUCACAUACCCAGUUAUGAUGUUCUUUUGAUCGGCGGUGAUAUAUACAGUUCGCAUAAUCUAUAAUC